AUGAACGGGCUGAAGGGCUGGUGCGCGGUGCUGGACGUGCGGCCCCACGGCGAGAGCCCGGAGAGCGUGAAGGUGCUGCGGCUGACGCUGCCCCAUGAGCUGCCGGGCGAGCGGCGCGAGCAGGCCAAGCAGAAGCCAGUGGGAAAAGCCUUCGCCAUGGUGGCCAACAGGUCCAGCAACGGGCACUCGCUGGCCUCGGAAUGCGUCAAGUCCAACGAGGGCGACGAGGAGAUCAUCAAGGUGCCGGCCCUGGAUCCCGAGGGGAUGGGGCUGGGGAGGGGGCUGGGGCUGGAAAAUGGGGGGGUUGUCCGGGAAAAAGGGUCCCAGGGUCGG